GUGAUUACAUUGAUUUCAUGUUAUUUCAGACCUAAAGACGGAAAAUGCACCGCAUUUUACUUGAGGCCCCUGAAAUUUAUCAGAGACGAUACAUGGUAUGCCGACAUUCCAGUUGGGAUGCACCCUCUAAGAGGCACUGUCAGACGACUGUGUAAAAUGGCAGGAUUUAGUGGGUUUUAUUCCAAUCACUCGCUGAGGGCAACUACCGCAACUACUGCAGCACAUCUGUACGAUCACGACUCUGGCCUUGAGGAACAGCUGACAACUGAGAAGACAGGACACGCGUCUCUGGCAAUCCGAAGCCUCAAGAGGACCUCGGCAGAGAUGGAAGCCCGAGUUGAUGGCGUCUUUCAGAGGAAAUCUACUGAACCAGAAACGGCACCCACGUCAACCAUAUCAGCUUUGACCAGUACCGAUGAGAUGCAUUGCGGCGCUGCUUCGUGAAGUGAACGCCAUAAUAAACUGGU